AUGUCGGACCACGGCUCCGAUACCUCAGACAGUAAGGCCGCAUUGGCGCCUCACAUCCGAUUGAACUCGGGUCAACAUGAUCCAUCCCAGACAGUUGAUGGCUACGCGCCUCUUACCUCUCGAACCUUCCCCAGGCCAUUGACACCACAGGGCCCUGACAUGCCAACCCCCAUCGGAGCCCAAGGGAUCUCUCCGUAUGGUGCAUCAGCUGCACCAGAAUCAUCAGAGUUCCUUCUACCUCCUCGGUUGCGACCCACACAAGGAGCAGGAGUAAGUGACAGCGACACGCCACGAUCUCCAGAUAGAUGGUCUGCAGGGCGGUCGAGCAUCAGCUCCAUCAGUCGUGAAAGUACCUUCCCCCUGGAUCCGUUCCAGGAUUCAAGGGCUCCGUCUCAAAACUCGAACGAGGACCAUGAUGUGAAUACGCAGACGGUUUCGGAGAAGUUCAAUAUCAUGCCUACUGAUGGUCUGCUUUUAUUCCCUGAGGAUGUGGAGAAGGAUGAUUAUAUGCAUAACCCGGAUCCAAUGGACAAGGACCGGGAUUGUGAUAUUUGGAAUCGCCGUGGUGUGAUGAACCUUGGUGGUUUGCUUGUGCUUACUAUUGGCAUAUUGGUGCUUUUCAUUGGUUACCCUCUGAUAACCUGGCUAUCGAAUGUUCUGCAGCCAAAAGCUGGAGUCUGCCACCCUGCUGAUACGUUGUGCUUGGAUGUUGGGGACCGACCCUUGUUGAGUAACGUGCGCCAGAGCUUGAUUGACCCUGACACACCCGAUGAGGCUCUCACCAAGAAGAAUGCCAAUGGCAAAGAGAUGAAGCUAGUGUUCUCCGAUGAAUUCAAUGUUCCUGGGCGAACUUUCUUCGCCGAAGACGACCCAUUCUUCGAAGCUGUCGAUCUUUGGUAUGGUGUUACAGCUGAUAAAGAGUGGUAUGACCCAGACGCCGUCACCACAGCCGACGGAACCCUCCAGCUUCGCUUUGAUCACUUCGAGAACCACGAACUCGAAUAUAGAUCUGGUAUGGUGCAGAGCUGGAACAAGCUCUGCUUCAAGGGAGGCCGACUCGAAGCCAGUAUGUCCCUCCCUGGUGAUGGUCACGUCGAGGGUUUCUGGCCUGGUUUCUGGGCUAUGGGAAAUCUUGGUCGUCCAGGUUAUGCCGCUACCACCGAUGGUAUGUGGCCAUACAGCUACCAUGAUGGAUGUGAUGCUGGUAUCACUCCUAACCAAAGCGCAACGGAUGGUCUGAAUUGGCUUCCAGGCAUGCGUUUGCCUGGAUGUGCCUGCGACGGGUCGGAUCAUCCGACACCAGGCAAGGCUCGCAGUGCUCCUGAAAUUGAUGUUAUAGAGGGAAGCACUGCGCCACUCUACGGAGACAGUGGUCCAUUCGUCGGUAGUGCAUCUCAGAGUUUGCAAACCGCACCUUUCGAUUUGUGGUACAUGCCCGACUAUGACUUCGCCGCCGUCUAUGACGACCGCGUCACCGAAAUCAACAGCUACCGCGGUGGUGUCUACCAACAAGCCAUGUCCGCCCUCACCAACCUCAACCACCGCUGGUACAACGGCUCCCAAUACCAAACCUACUCCAUGGAGUACACGCCCGGCGCGGAAGGCGAGAUAACCUGGUUCGUCGGCCCCGAAAAAACAUGGACCAUAGAUGGCCGAGCAAUCGGACCAAACGGAAACAUCGGACAACGCAUGAUCCCCCUCGAGCCCAUGAGUUUAGUCAUGAACAUGGGUAUGGCAGACAACUUCGCACCGCAAAACCACACCAUCCGCGAAUUCAUGCCUGCAUUGCUUCGUUUCGACUAUGUCCGUAUCUACCAGGAUCCAGAUGACGAGAGUGUCACCUGUGAUCCUCCUGGUUAUGAGACUACCAAGUAUAUUGAGCAACAUCGCAAGGCUUAUGAUAAUGCCAACUAUACGAACUGGGAUGAUGCUGGUUACCACUGGCCUAAAAAUUCGUACAUGCAUGAGUGUCCCUCUAAUUAA